AACCCCUGUAUGAAUGUACGUAUAUGUCGCCACAUAUAUGUAUCUUACACCACACCUAUACACAUACAGUACACUUACACACUGUACUACACUAUCUCUAUAUAUACACCCUCUAGAUCUCAGUGUCAAUGGUGUCCAGUCAGUCCAGUAAAACCCCAAUGGAACCCAGAUCAAAUUUCAAAUGGGUUUUGUUGUUCUUGCUUGCAACUCAACUGGGUUGUCAAUUAAUCAGUUGCAGUGUCACUUACGACAGUAAAUCCAUUGUUAUCAAUGGUGAAAGAAGAAUCUUGAUCUCUGGUUCCAUACAUUAUACAAGAAGCACCCCUGAGAUGUGGGAAGAUCUGGUUAUGAAGGCUAAAGAUGGAGGCCUUGAUGUGAUUGAUACUUAUGUGUUUUGGAAUGUUCAUGAGCCUUCUCAAGGCAAUUAUAAUUUUGAAGGGAGGUAUGAUUUGGUGAGGUUCUUGAAGAUAGUGCAAAAAGCAGGGAUGUAUGUUCAUCUGAGAAUUGGACCUUAUGUUUGUGCAGAAUGGAAUUUUGGAGGGUUUCCAGUUUGGUUGAAGUAUGUUCCCAACAUUAGUUUCAGAACUGAUAAUGAGCCAUUUAAGAGAGCAAUGAAAGGAUUCACCGAGAAAAUCGUCAACUUAAUGAAGAGCGAAAAGAUGUUCGAAUCACAAGGAGGCCCGAUUAUUCUAUCUCAGGUUGAAAAUGAGUACGGAUCUGUGGGAAAGGCGUAUGGAGGUGCGGGCUAUAACUACAUGACUUGGGCCGCAAACAUGGCGGUUAAAUUGGACACUGGUGUCCCAUGGGUUAUGUGCAAGCAAGAUGAUGCUCCCGAUCCUAUUAUAAACACAUGCAAUGGUUUUUACUGUGAUGACUUUUCGCCCAACAAGCCUUACAAGCCCACACUUUGGACCGAGACUUGGAGUGGCUGGUUUACAGAAUUUGGCGGGCCCAUUUACGAGAGGCCCGUUCAAGAUCUGGCAUUUGGUGUUGCCCGAUUCAUUCAAAAGGGCGGAUCGUUCUUCAACUACUACAUGUUCCACGGAGGCACGAAUUUUGGUCGUUCCGCUGGUGGCCCGUUUAUCACUACUAGUUACGACUAUGAUGCUCCAAUUGAUGAAUAUGGCUUGAUCAGACAGCCAAAAUACGGUCACUUAAAGAACCUUCACAAGGCUAUUAAACAAUGUGAGCCCGCUUUACUUUCAGUAGAGCCCGAUAUCACCUCUUUCGGAAACCUUCAACAGGCCCAUGUCUUCUCUCCCAAAUCGGGACCCUGUGCGGCUUUUCUCUCAAAUUACGACCCGAAUAAUGCGGCCAAAGUGACGUUUAAUAACAAACACUACACUUUACCUCCUUGGUCCAUAAGUAUCCUUCCCGAUUGCAACAAUGUUGCUUUCAAUACAGCGAAUGUUGAAGUUGAAUCCACAAAAAUGGAAAUGAAACCGAGUGAUUCCGAUAUGUUUUCUUGGGAGAUGUUUACUGAAGAUUUAACUGUAAGCGAUGAAAGCUCGACGUUCACUGCAACGGGCUUAUUGGAGCAAAUUAAUAUCACAAGGGAUACGAGUGAUUAUCUUUGGUAUACAACUAGUGUUGAUGUUGGAUCGUCUGAAUCAUUUUUACGCGGAGGGGAGCCCCCAAAGCUUCUGGUGCAGUCAAUGGGUCAUGCUCUUCAUGUGUUUGUAAAUGGAGAACACUCGGGUUCUAGUUUUGGUACAAGAAAACAUAGGAGAUUUACAUACAAAGAAACGAUAAACUUACGCGCCGGAAGCAACAAAAUCGCACUACUUAGCGUCGCCAUGGGUUUGCCGAACAUGGGAGGACAUUAUGAAACAUGGGAGACCGGAGUCUUAGGUCCGGUGGCUCUUUAUGGUCUUGACCGAGGAAAAAUGGAUUUGGCAUGGGUCAACUGGACUUACCAGGCUGGUCUAAAGGGAGAGGCUAUGAAUGUUAUCUCCGCAAAUACUAAUUCCUACAUGAAAUGGACUCAAGAUUCUUUAAUCGGUCAGAAACAGAAACCGUUAACAUGGCACAAGGCGUACUUUAACGAACCUGACGGUGACGAGCCAUUGGCUCUAGACAUGAAUAGUAUGGGAAAAGGUGAAGCAUGGAUCAAUGGUCAAAGCAUAGGGAGAUAUUGGUCAACGUAUGCUAAUGGAGAUUGCCAAGGGUGCCAUUACGCUGGAGUCUAUCGGCCAUUGACUUGUCAACUCGGGUGUGGUCAACCAACCCAAAGAUGGUACCAUGUUCCUAGAUCUUGGUUAAAGCCAAGUAAUAACUUGUUAGUGCUUUUUGAAGAACUUGGAGGUGACCCCACUAAGAUUUCGCUAGUUAAGAGAUCAACGGUCCAGUGACCAUAGCAAACCGCAACUUUGGUCAAACAGACUUGAACGAUGGGGAAGGUACAUGAAGUAAACAACGGAGUGUGAUUGAGAAUUUAGCCUAGUUCUUUAGCGCGGUUUUGUUUAAUUCAAGUUUUAGCUUAUAA